AGAAACAGAUGUUUCAGAGCCUCAGAAUUCCAGGUCUAUGGAAAUGCAGGACCUAGCAAGUCCUCAUACUCUUGUUGGAAGUAGUGAUACUCCUGGUAGCUCCAAACUGGAUAAAUCUAAUCUCAGCAACACAUCAGUUACAACAAAUGGGACAGGAGGAGACACCAUGACUGUUUUAAAUACUGCAGACUGGUUGCUGAGUUGCAGCACUCCUUCUUCUGCAACAAUGUCUCUUCUUGCAGUCAAAACAGAGCCCAUGAACAGCAGUGAAACAACCACAACAACUGGAGAUGGAGCGCUUGACACUUUUACUGGGUCAGUAAUAACAAGUAGUGGCUACAGUCCCAGAUCAACACAUCAGUAUUCCCCACAGUUGUAUCCCUCCAAGCCCUAUCCACACAUUCUUUCUACACCAGCAGCUCAAACAAUGUCUGCCUAUGCCGGACAGACUCAGUAUUCAGGAAUGCAGCAGCCAGCAGUGUACACAGCCUACUCACAGACAGGACAACCUUACAGCUUACCUACUUACGAUUUAGGUGUGAUGUUGCCAGGCAUCAAGACAGAAAGUGGACUUUCACAAACCCAGUCACCACUACAGACGGGGUGCCUCAGUUACAGUCCAGGGUUUUCAACCCCCCAGCCAGGCCAAACACCCUAUUCUUACCAAAUGCCAGGUUCUAGUUUUGCACCAUCAUCUACUAUUUAUGCAAAUAAUUCUGUUUCCAAUUCAACGAAUUUCAGUAGCUCACAGCAGGAUUAUCCAUCCUAUACAGCCUUUGGCCAAAACCAAUAUGCACAGUAUUAUUCAGCAUCAACAUAUGGAGCAUAUAUGACUUCAAAUAAUACAGCUGAUGGCACAUCUUCAUCCUCAUCGACCUAUCAGUUGCAGGAAUCUCUUCCUGGACUGACUAAUCAACCAGGUACAGAUCUCCAUUCAGGAGAUUUUGAUACAGUGCAAAGCCCCUCCACACCCAUCAAAGACCUUGAUGAGAGAACAUGUAGGAGUUCUGGGUCAAAGUCCCGAGGAAGAGGCCGGAAGAAUAAUCCAUCACCUCCGCCAGACAGUGACUUGGAGCGUGUAUUUGUCUGGGAUUUGGAUGAAACCAUCAUCGUUUUUCACUCACUGCUCACAGGGUCCUAUGCACAGAAGUAUGGCAAGGAUCCCCCAAUGGCGGUAACUCUUGGAUUACGAAUGGAGGAAAUGAUUUUCAACCUUGCUGACACACAUUUAUUUUUCAAUGACUUGGAGGAGUGUGAUCAAGUUCAUAUAGAUGAUGUUUCUUCUGAUGAUAAUGGUCAAGACUUAAGUACCUACAGUUUUGCAACUGAUGGCUUCCAUGCAGCUGCAAGUAGUGCAAACCUUUGUUUGCCAACAGGUGUUAGAGGAGGAGUUGACUGGAUGAGGAAGCUGGCUUUUCGUUACAGAAGAGUAAAAGAAUUAUAUAAUACCUACAAGAACAAUGUAGGAGGACUCCUUGGCCCAGCUAAGAGAGAUGCGUGGCUGCAAUUAAGAGCAGAAAUUGAAGGUCUAACAGACUCCUGGCUGACGAAUGCACUUAAAUCCUUAUCAAUUAUUAGUACUAGGAGUAACUGUGUAAACGUCUUGGUAACAACAACUCAGCUUAUCCCAGCACUUGCAAAAGUCCUACUAUAUAGUUUGGGAGGUGCUUUUCCUAUUGAAAAUAUUUACAGUGCAACUAAAAUAGGAAAAGAAAGUUGCUUUGAGCGAAUAAUGCAAAGGUUUGGCAGAAAAGUAGUAUAUGUUGUAAUUGGGGAUGGUGUAGAAGAAGAACAGGCAGCAAAAAAGCACAACAUGCCCUUUUGGAGGAUAUCAAGUCAUUCAGACCUCUUGGCUCUACAUCAAGCAUUGGAACUAGAGUAUUUGUAACUGUGUUCUGUUGUUGGAGAUCCAGUUUUUUUUUUUUGUUUUUGUUGGGUUUUUUUAUAUAUAUCUCAAGUACACUGAAUUUUUAUGUGUGAUUCAAUGCCUCUGGCUUUACACAUAUAAAUUGUCUUAAAGGAUGAAAUCAUAUUUGGAAUGAAAAUUCCAGAAGGAAGAAUUCAGAUUGCUGAACGGAGUUAAAACUUUAGUGCUACAGAAAGGAAGCUCUAUGGUCUUAUUUGUGCAACACUUUAAUGAAUUAUAAAACUGUGGAGGUUGCUGGUACACACCGAAUGAGCCCUAACUGGAGUUAAACAGCUUUAGCAAUGAACUCUUAUGUUGGCAAAGCAGCAACACGCAUUUCCCGUCUGACAAAGUGGUGUUCAACAACAUUCCUCAUUAUGGGAUAUAUUCUCAGCACUGAGGUUUGAAUCAGACUUUAGCCUCCCUUACCCAGAAAAUCUGAAUUGAAAUGCACUCAG